AUGCUUACAAUAUAUAUGGAUUCUAUAGUAUCUACAGACCUCAAAUCUGAGUCUAACGGUACUAAUGAAUCCAAACAAGUAUCACAAAAUAGCGUUGGCCUAAAGAACGGCAUUUAUCGUCAGACACAAGAAGAAUGUUUAGUAAAAUAUAAUGGUGUUUCAAAAAAGAAACCUGAUUUUUCUAAAAUCUACAAAGAAGUUUACGAAUUAGCGAGUUCAGAACAAUCUAUUUCGAAAGCGAUAACUCAUGCAUUAAACAUUAUCGAAGAAUCCUUGAGGCGAUAUGGGUCUAAUGGUGUUAGUCUUUCUUUCAACGGCGGGAAAGAUUGCGUCGUAUUAUUACAUUUAUUUGCAGCUGUUUAUUAUAAACAUUUCCAAAAUUCCGAUGAUAUACCUAAUAUCCAAGCUGUAUAUAUUACUCAUCCAAAUCCAUUUCUCGAAGUUGAAGAAUUUGUUAAAGAAUGUGUAAAUCGAUAUGGUUUGGAUCUUAUUACAAUAGAAGGUCCAAUGAAAUCUGCGUUGUCAAAAUAUUUGGAACAAAGACCAAAUGUUCAAGCUAUCUUGGUUGGCACAAGAAGAAUUGACCCUCAUGGAGAGAAUUUGAUAGAAUUUGUUCCGACUGAUCCAGGAUGGCCACCAUUUAUGAGAAUUCAUCCAAUUAUAGAUUGGCAUUAUACACAAAUAUGGGAAUUCUUGAGAAUAUUAAAUAUACAAUAUUGUGUACUAUAUGAUUUAGGAUAUACAUCCCUCGGCAGUAUUGAUAAUACAUAUCCCAAUCCCGAUCUUAGAAAUCCUUCACAACCAAGUGGUUAUGAUCCGGCUUGGAAAUUAGCUGAUGAAAGCAGAGAAAGAUGUGGGAGAGAAAAAUCAACAUCAUCAAACACUUCUAACAGUUCAAUUUAA